AGCCCUUAACUUCAGUAUUGUUUAUGCCAAGUUUAAAAAAAUUCUGGGUUGUAGAACUAUAUCAAGGGAAUUACCUUAAAAAAGACCAUCCGCUUUAGCUUACUGUAAUUAUUUAUGGAACUUAAAGAUUCGUUAAGAUUAUGAUUUCGAGAAGUUUCUCAACUGAAUCUGCUUAGUAAGAUUACAUCGGCGAAUUUUAUCAAAACAAAAAUGUAACUACUAAGACAUGUCGGUGUUUUGUUUGAUGCUCAAGUAGAUCUACUUGGGAGGGUCAUGCCGAAUUUCUCUCCCAGGGAUGAAAGCGAUAAAUGUUACUUGAACUUUCCGCUGUCAUGCCCCGCGUAGCACGUUUGCCAAAAUUGGAUAAUAGUAUUUUCACAGCUAAUGGUCUCGAUUAAAUAUGUUUAUGUAUGUUAAAUGAAUACUACUCCGCCGGUGCUGCAUAUAUGGCAAAAGACUUGAAUCAAUGAAUCAAUUUCUAGCAUCUUUUUCCAAAACAUACUCUGUCGUACGUUGUCAAACUGUGUGCAAAAGUAAAAAGAAAAUUAAUUAUCACUGUUGAUAACCACAUUUAGUAUUUACUUUAAAGCUCUUGCAGAAAGCUAAUUUGAUUACAUGUGUGGGGAUAAUAACACUUAGAAGAAUUGCAUAUCAUUAUACAUACCUAUUUCAAAAAACGUUGUCAGUGCGAAACGGCAAAUGGCGAUUGGCAAAUGGCAGUUCUAGGACCGAAAGGAGCCAUGGGUCUCAUUAAAUUUCUACUAAAUGCUGAAGAAUAUAGAUAAAUCAAACAAUUAUCCAUUAAAGAUCAUCAAUGUAUGUCUCAUGACAUUGCUAGACUUUAUUUAACACCUUAAAUUUUACGAAUGAUUAGUACCCAGAAGCACCGUUCGGGCUUAGAACUGCCAUUAACUAUUUGCCAUUCGCCAUUUGCACUGACAACCUUUUUAGAAAUAGGUGUACGAUAAGAGGUAAAAGCGGAAGACGCGAAGAGAGCAUUUGAAGAAGGAAUAGCGGUGAAAACUCAUUUACGUUUGCAGGGCAAAACGCCUUCUAAAACAGACCUUUGUUAGGCGAUAUUGCAUUGUUAACACAAGGAGGUGCCCUUACAAGAAAUGCUGAAUCAUCCAAAGUGACUUGUUAGAAAGGAAAAGCUCAAGAACAAACGAAAUGGAAAACACAAUAACGUAAGGGUAAAGAAAGCAUAUUAUGAAUUCGAUUCUAAUAACAAAACUUCGACACAACCUCACGUGUACGUUUAUCAUUUCAAUCAAAUAAAUCGGAAUCAAUGGAUAUUUUAAAGGAGAAGCCGGAACAGCCAUUAAGGUAAUUACUGGAUCACAUAGACGAAGAAAAGAGAGUUUCCACUUUGCGUGAGCAGCGCCGAGCAAACCGGACUUAGAAAGCCCGUGAAAAAUAUAUCUGAUAUGAUAAAGAAUGAAUGCUGUUUAAAAUUGACAAACCAAAGCGUAAGAUACAACAUCAAUUAAAAAUGGCGGCUUUAAGCAAUAACUUUAGUUUAUGGGACGAAAGCAGCACACACGGAGCAGUAAUCGCCCGUGUUACCUUCAACAAACAUUAUCCGUCAUUGAAUUUUGUGACAGGGAUUCUUAUAAUCGUUAUUGCGCCGUUCAACAUCGUGGGAAACACAUUCGUCAUAGCGGCUGCGGUGAGAGACCCUUUGAGACAUCUUAGGCACUUGCCAAGCACCCCACUGAUAUGUAGCAUGGCCGCCAGUGACCUUCUAAUAGGACUAGUCUACAGCCCCGUGUCCGCUGCCGGUCACUUUUUCGGAAAUAAUGUAGUCCAUAAUCUAGAGCACGCAUAUAAUGGGUUGUGCUUCUGGCUCGUAACAAGCUCUGUGUUGCACAUUCUUGGUCUUUGUGUUGAUCGACUGAUGGCUGUCGCGCGUCCAAAUAAGUACUCGACUAUAAUGACACCGCGACGCGCUAAACUCGCAGCCGUCGGGAUAUGGCUUUACUCCGUGGCUUUUGCAUUAAUGGUGGGGUUCCUAAGCGCCCGAUAUGCUCUAGGCCUGGCUUUCACUAUACAAAUAAUGCUGGUUAUACUCAUAAUCCAAGUAUUUUAUUCCUUCAUAUUGUUCUUUGUUCACCGACAAGCAAAGCGAGUUCAGAGAUUCGAAUCCUCGGCGACGACUGUCCGAUUGGUCCUCGAGCGCGAACGAAAGGUGACGCGAGCGAUCUUGACCAUGCUGACUGUCUUUAAGACUUGUUUCGUCCCGUGGACUUUGACUCAAGUUGUUUUCUACGCAUGCGCUCCAUGCCGCUCGCAGUUCCAUAUUUUAGUAUUGUGCUACUAUGUCAUGGGAAUGCUCAUCAAUCUAAAUGCUGCAGUCAAUCCAUUCCUGUAUGCCUGGAGGCUGAGAAAAUAUAGAAAUACAAUUGAAAAUUUGAUUGAUGGCUGUCCAGUUUGCAUGGUGUCGUCGCCCAAAACGUACCAAGUAGAGGAUGUUGUCAUGGGUCAAGUGCACCAGUCACCGCAGGCCUCCAAUCAAGAAAUGGAAUAAUUAGACGGGACCACCCUAAAGGACAUAUGUUUACCGUAGCUCAUGGCAUUAAAAGCUCAAUAACCUCCUUGAGUGGACGAAACCAUGAUCGUGGGUUAUCAUUCAUGAUUUGGUGCAGACCGCAAUCAGGAACGACAUAUUCCUACUUGUCGGUUCAUUCCUUGUGUUUUCCACAGCCGUCGGUUACGACUGUCGUAAAGACGCUUUAAGCGAGGACGAUGACCUCUUUGGCAACGAGAUCAAAAGAAGAUGCGUUGUGAUCAAUUAAUAUUUAAUAAUUUAACUGCAUUGCAAUAGAACAAGCAAAACAUUAUUGUCAGCGACAGAUAAGCAUAAACUAAGGAUGUCAUUUUUACAGUAGCGAAAGUAGUAAAAGGAAUUUAGUCACACGUGCGCCUUGUAUUGUUCGUUUCCGAGAGUCGCGCCUGGUUUAGUGACUGGAAGCAUUUCGCAGUUACAGCGGACGUUAGACCGCUAACCAAAUCGAGAGCUCCAAAAAAAUACAACGCACCAACGCACUGUUUAUCGGUGCUUUAUCCCGGACAGUGGCUAGGAAGGGGAUCCACUUUGAUGUUGUUAUGUUUGUGAUCGGUCUUAAGCUGUGACAGUCGCAGAAUUGGAAGAAUUCAAAAGUCAUGAUUGACGUCCACCAAAAAUAAAAAAAAACACAGAUGUGAUACGUAAACAAAAGCCACAGGAUGCACGUAUGAC